GUUAAAAUCAAUUCCCUCUCCGGCGGAUUCAAGAUUUUCACGAUUGAGUAGAGGUUUUGAGUUCUCUUUCUGAUUGAUUCAUUCUUUCUUUCCCAUGGCGACGAGAAAUCGGACUAGUCUUUUCAGAAAGUACAGAGACACUCUGAAUAGCAACCGUGUUCCGUUAACAUCUUCGACGACGUUCAGGGGCCCGGUGAUCGAAAUGGCCACCACUUCGUUUCUUAAUUCCAAUCGCUCUUAUGCUCCUCUCAGCACAGAGGACCCUGGUCCUUCCGGUACGGAUGCAUUUACAAUAGGCCUACCUCCAGAUUGGGUGGAUGUUUCUGAAGAAGUAGCUGCUAAUAUACAGUAUGUUCGAGUAAAAAUGAAAGAUUUAAUCAAGGUUCAUGCAAAGGCAUUGACUCCCUCCUUUGGAGAUGGGAAAGAAGAUCAAUGCUUGAUAGAGGCCCUUACCCAAGAAAUUACAAACCAUUUGAGAAGGUCAGAGAAGAGAUUACAGAAACUUUCUGCUAGUGGGCCUUCUGAGGAUUCAAAUAUUAGGAAAAAUGUGCAGCAUUCUCUUGCUACGGACCUUCAAAAUCUUUCAGUGGAAUUUCGGAAGAAGCAGUCAACGUAUCUUCAGCGACUACAACAGCAAAAGGAGGGACAAGAUGGGCUUGACUUGGAGAUAAACUUAAAUGAGAGUAAUUCUAGAAUGGAGGGUGACGAGAUGAGUGACCUGGGUUUUAGUGAGAACCAAAUAGCCCAGCUGAAGAAAAGUGAGCAUUUCACUGCUGAGAGGGAGAGGGAGAUCAGACAGGUCUUGGAAUCAGUUAAUGAGCUUGGGAAAAUCAUGAAAGAUCUUUCAGUCCUCGUGAUAGACCAGGGCACAAUUGUUGAUCGGAUAGACUACAACAUUCAAAAUGUUGCUGUCUCUGUGGAGGAAGGUGUCAAAGAGUUACACAAGGCAGAAAGAUCUCAGAGGAAAGGGGGAAUGGUGACAUGCGCUUCAGUGCUUCUUGUCAUGUGCUUCAUCAUGCUGGUUCUCUUGAUCCUUAAGGAGAUAUUCUUGUGAUUUGCUUAUUCCAUUCUCUGAAUUUUUUACCAGCUGGUGUACAUGCGGCGUCAUUUGUAGGUUUAAUUGGGGAGUUUUUUAAGUAAGCCCCAGUUAUAGUCAACUAUAGGAGCAGCAAAUGACCUUCAUACUCUAAUUUAUUACUUGGUGGUGAAGUCUUUGUUACAAGAUAUAGAAGUGUCCAGGAUUCAGGAUCCUCUGAAGCUUAUUAGUAGGAAUGUGUUUGAAUUUAACAAUUUUUUUCAUGUAGGUAUCCACAAAAAAGGAGAAAACCCCCAAAAUCUUCGUGCAGUAUGCAAUAGAAAGAAAGUUGUAAUGCUUCCCAUUUUUUAAUGAAUGAUGAGAAAAGUGUG